AGAAGUAAACCUUCAAUUAUUAGCCUUCCUCUUCUCUCUCUCUCUCUCUCUCUCUCUCUCUCUCUCUCUCUCGCUCCCGCCGGAUAUACACAGUCAACGAACAGGCUACAAUGAUGCUGGCCCAAUCUCCAAUGGCGCCAUGGCUGGUCCUGGUGGUGUGUACAGCUACUCUGUCUGCAUUGCCAAAGUCUCAUGGUAUCGCACCCAAUUCGACCGCUUUCUGUCAUGGCUUCAACUUGACUAUUAGCUUGGACUCAGUUCGGUAUUCAGCUGGCAACAAAUUCUGUCGUGAACAGAAUUCUAAUUUGUUGCGGAAGACAUUUCAUGACCUAUUGAUAACUACACAGUGUUACAUUGACGUCCUCGCAAAACUUAAGGCUUCAGGUUUGAACACUGUGUUGAUGAGGAGUACUGGAAAGGUCGCUGGACAUUACAACCUUGUAACCGGCAUCAUCUCCCCAACCAAGUCUGCUGCGAAUGCCGUCAUCUGUGCAUCAGAUUGGGAUGAGUGCCAGCACGGAACGCCGUGUACUGCUGACUUCACAUGCAAAAACCUGAAAGGCUCCCACAAAUGUGACCGUGUGCUGUGCCCGGCUACAUCCAUUUCCAACGGUACCAUUGGAGAGGCGAAUCUCAAAGUUAAGGUUAGACCCACCUGUGACGCAGGAUACACUGCUGUUGCCAACGCUACCUGUAAAAACGAAGGAUGGAGUUGGAAAAAGGAGCCAUGCCAAUCAGUUGCCUCUCUGCUUAACGGCACCACUGACGAAACGGUCACCACUGGCGCACAGCAUCACGUAGGCGGACAGAGCAGCGCGGAAAGUUUGUUGGUGACUCUGGGUUUGGGUCACCUGCUCAUCCUCACCGCUAUCCAACUGUUUCUUGUCUAGUGCCUCCUUGGCUUAGGUUAGAGCUACCCUGCAAUGGAUUUUCUCAUUUGCUUGCAUUCUCGCCCAAACGACUAGUGACCCAUCCAAUGUAUUUUCUCAUUUGCUUGCAUUCUCGGCGAAUUUUUCGCCCAAAUUGCUAGUGGCCCAUGCAUUUCCAUGCCUAUUGUAGCAUAUACAUUAUACUUGAUUGAAAUAGAGACUUGUCCAUCUCAUGCGCAAUCAUGUGCACAUCUUUGCUGCUACUCUCAAUGCAAAUUUCCUCAAAGAAGUUCUGCAUGUCUUUGUUUGCAGCUGCUUCUGCUGCUGUCACCAUCCUGGCCAUCGUGUCUCCGCUGUUCGGCCACAACAUGCAAUCAGCUCUUUAGAUCUGUAAAUGCCGCGUAUCAAUUAUUCUUUUAUUCC